CAAAACUGGGGUUGGGAAAGGAUGAAAUACUUCUUGACUCUCUGUACUGAAGCAGUUCCUUUUGGUUCAUCCAGGUCUAUGCCCACAGGAAACGGGGAGAAGAUUCUUCUUCUGUAACUGCUUCAAGCUGAGAAGACUUGAAGAAAUCCCCUCCGGGGAAGGGUCAUUUACUGAAGAUAGCAAUUACCAUGUCAGAUAAAGUCAUUCUUCGUAGUGUUAGGAAAUUUGGAGAGGAUAAUUAUGCCUUUGAAUCAAAAGAAUCAGAUAACAAUACUAAGAAAUCAAGGUCACAAGAUGGGAAGAAAAAUGACGGCAUUCGAGUCAGCUUCUUUCAAUUGUUUCGAUUCUCUUCAUCAAGGGACAACUGGCUGAUGUUUGGGGGAAGUUUCUGUGCAUUUCUACAUGGAAUGGCCCAGCCAGGAAUGUUACUUAUUUUUGGCUUGAUGACAGACACUUUUAUUGAAUAUGACAUUGAGUUACAAGAGCUUAGCAUCCCUGGUAAGAUAUGUGUGAACAACACCAUAGUGUGGGCCAACAGCUCCCUCAACUACAAUGAAACUAAUGGGACCCGUUGUGGGUUGUUGGAUAUUGAAAGUGAGAUGAUCUUAUUUGCCAGUUACUAUGCUGGAGCCGGUCUUUUGGUUUUCAUCCUGGGAUACAUCCAAAUAUUCUUUUGGGUAAUUGCUGCAGCUCAUCAGACAAAGAAAAUAAGACAAGUUUACUUUAGGAAAAUAAUGAGAAUGGAAAUAGGCUGGUUUGAUUGCAAUUCUGUGGGAGAACUGAAUACCAGAAUUUCAGAUGAUAUUAAUAAAAUCAACGAUGCCAUUGCUGACCAGGUCGCCGUUUUUAUCCAGCGUAUGACCACUUGCCUUUUUGGAUUCCUCUUGGGGUUUUACCAAGGCUGGAAACUGACCUUGGUUAUGAUUUCAGUCAGUCCUCUUCUUGGAGUGGGAGCAACAGCUAUUGGCCUGAGUGUGGCCAAACUCACUGGCAGAGAGUUGAAGGCAUAUGCUAAAGCUGGAUCUGUGGCUGAUGAAGUCCUUUCCUCAAUUAGAACGGUGGCUGCUUUUGGUGGUGAAAAGAAAGAGGUAGAAAGGUAUGAGAAAAAUCUUGUGUUUGCUCAGCGCUGGGGAAUUCGAAAAGGGAUGAUCAUGGGACUAUUUACUGGAUUUAUGUGGUGUAUCAUUUUGAUGAGUUAUUCAUUAGCCUUCUGGUAUGGCUCAAAACUUGUCCUGGAUGAAGGUGAAUAUUCACCAGGAAUUCUUCUACAGGUUUUCUUUGGAGUCUUGAUAGGAGCUUUAAACCUUGGUCAGGCAUCACCUUGUCUGGAAGUUUUUGCCUCAGGGCGAGCUGCAGCUGCCAACAUCUUUGAGACAAUAGACCGGAAACCAAUCAUUGAUUGCAUGUCAGAAGAUGGUUACAAGCUGGAUAGAGUGAGGGGCGAAAUUCAAUUCCACAACGUGACCUUCCAUUAUCCUUCUAGGCCUGAUGUGAAGAUUUUAGAUAACCUUAGCAUGGUGAUAAAAUCUGGAGAGACAACAGCUCUGGUAGGACCCAGUGGGGCUGGGAAAAGCACAGCAAUACAACUGAUUCAGAGAUUCUAUGAUCCCAGUGAAGGCAUGGUGACCCUGGAUGGACAUGAUAUUCGCUCCCUUAAUAUUCAAUGGCUCCGAUCCCAUAUUGGAAUUGUUGAACAAGAGCCAGUCCUGUUCUCCACCACAAUUGCAGAGAACAUUCGCUAUGGCAGAGAAGAUGCAACCAUGGAAGACAUCAUCAAAGCUGCCAAAGAAGCCAACAUCUACAACUUUAUCAUGAAUUUGCCACUGAAAUUUGAUACCCUUGUUGGUGAGGGUGGAGGACAGAUGAGUGGAGGUCAGAAACAAAGGAUUGCUAUUGCACGUGCCCUGAUUCGAAAUCCCAAGAUCCUGCUUUUGGACAUGGCCACCUCUGCCCUGGACAACGAGAGUGAAGCUAUAGUUCAGGAAGCACUUAAUAAGGCUCAGCAUGGACGUACCACAAUCACGGUAGCCCAUCGCCUGUCUACCGUCCGUGCUGCAGACAUCAUCAUUGGAUUUGAACUUGGAAAGGCUGUGGAGAGGGGGAACCAUGAGGAGCUGUUGAAGAGGAAAGGUGUUUACUUCACCCUGGUGACAUUGCAAAGUCAAAGAGACCAAAAUUUAAAUGAAAAGGAAGUGAAAGGAGAUAAUGUGCCUGAAGAUGGCAGACUUGAGAGAAACCAGACCUUCCAAAGGGGGAGUUAUCGGGACAGUCUACGAGCUUCCUUACGACAGCGGUCCAAGUCUCAGCUUUCCAACAUGAUGCAGCAGCCUCCGUUACAUACUUUAGACCAUAUACCUGCUUAUAAAGAAGAUGACAAGGAUCAUCCUUUUGAAGAAAAAGUUGAAUCUGCACCAUUUAUGAGGAUUUUGAAGUACAAUGCUCCAGAGUGGCCUUACAUGCUGGCAGGUUCCUUCGGAGCAGGUCUGAAUGGUGCAGUCAAUCCCAUGUAUGCCCUGUUAUUCAGCCAGAUCCUUGGGACUUUUUCUCUUCUUGAUAAAGAGGAACAAAGGUAUCAGAUUGAUGGGCUGUGUAUAUUCUUCGUACUGUUAGGAAUUAUGUCCUUUUUCACUCAAUUUCUACAGGGAUAUACAUUUGCCAAAUCUGGAGAGCUGCUCACCAAAAGGUUACGUAGACUUGGUUUCCAGGCCAUGUUAGGGCAAGAUAUUGGCUGGUUUGAUGACCCAAAGAAUAGCCCUGGAGCUCUGACAACAAGACUUGCUACAGAUGCAUCUCAAGUUCAAGGGGCUACUGGAACUCAGAUUGGAAUGAUUGUCAGUUCCUUCUCCAAUGUUGGUGUGGCCCUGAUCAUUUCAUUUAUCUUCAGCUGGAAACUGAGUUUAGUGAUAUCAUGCUUCCUUCCCUUCUUAGCUUUAUCAGGAGCCAUACAAGCUCGAAUGUUGACAGGAUUCGCCUCUUUGGACAAGCAUGCCUUAGAAGUUACUGGCCAGAUUUCUAAUGAAGCCCUCAGUAAUAUCCGCACAGUUGCUGGGAUGGGAAAGGAAAUCCGAUUCAUUGAAACAUAUGAGAAGGCUGUGGAAAAAUUAUUUAGUACAGCCAUCCGAAAAGCAAAUAUCUAUGGAUUAUGCUUUGGCUUUUCACACGGCAUAGUAUUUAUAACCAAUUCAGCUUCUUACAGAUAUGGAGGCUAUCUGGUGCCAAAUGAAGGACUUCAUUUCAGCUAUGUCUUCAGGGUGAUCUCUGCAGUGGUGACCAGCGGAACUGCUCUUGGAAAAGCUUCUUCUUACACUCCAAAUUAUGCUAAAGCGAAAAUAGCCGCAGCACGGUUUUUCCAACUCUUAGACUAUUGUCCCAGAAUCAACGUGUACAGCCAUGCAGGCGAAAAGUGGGACAACUUCCAAGGGAGCAUCGACUUUGUUGAUUGUAAGUUUACGUAUCCAUCCAGACCCACUGUACAAGUUUUGAAUGGCUUCUCAGUGUCUGUUAAACCUGGGCAGACCCUUGCACUUGUUGGAAGUAGUGGCUGUGGCAAAAGUACCUGUGUUCAGCUGCUGGAGAGGUUCUAUGACCCCAACAAAGGGAAAGUGAUAAUAGACGGACAUGAUUGCAAACGUGUUAAUGUCCAGUUCCUUCGAUCUAAAAUUGGAAUUGUAUCUCAGGAGCCUAUAUUAUUUGCCUGCAGCAUCGCUGACAACAUCAGAUAUGGAGAUAACACUAGGAAUGUUCCAAUGGAGAGUGUAAUUAAUGCGGCCAAGAAGGCCCAGCUACAUGAAUUUGUCAUGUCACUUCCAGAGCAAUAUGAAACCAAUGUUGGGGCACAGGGCUCCCAGCUGUCUCGGGGUCAAAAGCAGCGUAUUGCAAUAGCUCGUGCUAUCCUUCGGGAUCCCAAAAUAUUGUUAUUAGAUGAGGCAACUUCUGCCUUAGAUACAGAAAGUGAAAAGACAGUGCAAGCAGCCUUGGAUAAAGCCAGAGAAGGUCGGACGUGCAUUGUUAUUGCCCACCGCUUAUCCACUAUCCAAAAUUCAGAUAUUAUAGCUGUUGUGUCACAAGGCGUUGUGAUAGAAAAAGGGACCCACAAUGAAUUGAUGGCCCAAGGCGGAGCAUAUUACAAACUAGUCACCACAGGGGCACCCAUUAGUUGACUUUCUUCAGGAACUUUGUACAUCUGGAAUAUUCAUUGCUUCUCAACAAGUAUCAUACAGUCUUUUGUAGAGAAACCAGGAAGAUCACAGAAUCGCAAAAUCUGAGAGUUGGAAGAGGCUUUAGUUGCCCAUACAGUAAAGAAAUCUUUGCUAUAAGAGAGCCAACAAGUGGUCAUCCAGCCUCUUAAUGAAGACCUCAGAGGAGGGGGAACCCACUGUCUUUCCAAGUAGCACAAUUUGCUCCUGAACAAUUAUUGUGAGGAAGCUUUCUCUGGCAUCAAACCUGACCUUGUCUCAUUUCAGCUCAUACCCACUGCUUCUGGUUAAUCCCUCUUAGGUCAAACAGAACAAAUUCAAUCCUUCUUCCUUGUGAUAACCCUUCAAGUACCUGAUGACAUUUGUCAUGUCCCCCAUUAUCCUUAUCUUCCCCAAACUAAAUAUGCCCAAGUCCUUCAGUCAGUCUUCCUAUGAUCUUAUGAGAUAAAAAGAAUGGUUCUAUCAAAGAUACACACACAGAGACAUAUAUGUAUACAUACACACACACACACACACACACACACACACACACAUAUAUAUAUAUUUCCAACCAUGAUCAUGAACAGAAAGACUCUAGCCUACAGAUUUGAGAGGUAGAAAUUAGGAUGCAUCUGAACAGAUGCUCCUCAGCCCCUACCUAACUGGGCACCCUCAGUGAAGGCCUUGUUAUUGCUGCAUUGAGAAACAUUUUGAAAAAGUUUAUAUCUUUAGAAAAUCUCUAGUUUCAGAAAUGGAAGGAAGAAACUGUGAAAAGCAGGAAGAGCCUAGAGAAACUAAAGCCAGAGUCAGCCUGCCUAUGUGGUGGCCAAUCAAAGGCUACAUUGCUUGAAUUCAUUUUGCUACGUGAUGUUACUUGAUAUUCCACUAAUUAACAGUCCCUAAGAGUGUCCAAACCUCCUUUUCUGAAGAUAUAGUAAUCCCUGGAUAGUUAGGGCUCUAUCAGGCCUGUAUUGAUGUGCAUAAAUUCAGAGAACUUUCCUAUCAACACCUAAUCAAGAUCACCUACUCUGAGAAAACUGAAGCAUUGAUUGCAGUGAAAAGAGCAUUGUCUCCGGAGUUAAAGAAUCUGGAUUCAAAUCCUGACUCAUGCUCACUUCCUGUGUGACUUUGGGCAAGUCACUUAACCUCCUUAGGCCUCAGUUUCCUCACUUAUAAAGUGAUGGCAUAGGAUUCAGUGGUCUAGGAAGUCUCUUCUUGAUCUAGAAAUUAUUCUAUGAUUGAGAGGGAAAGAAAUUAAUUAUGAAUAAUGGAGAUCAGAUUGGGGUGGGGAGAGAAUAGGCUUAGGUAGACUAUUUGGACAUCAUGACACAGCUGCAAAUUUGAGGAGAUGAACACUGAUAUGGGAAAAAAGAUGUGCAAAUAAGGAGGGAGGAGAAUGUCAAAGGAAAAAAAAAUCUCUAUUUAAAAAUGUUUUUUGGAGUCCUCCUUAUGCUUAAGAAAGGAAUAGGAAAUUCCCUACUUCCUCCUACAUUACAUGGCCUCUUGCUUCUGAACACCAAACGCAUGGUAGAGCUCUUAGUUCUAAAGUUCACUGACAUUUGGGCUAACUAGGCUUUAGUGAGUAGGCAUAGAUUAUUUAUAGUAUUUUCUCUUUAGGAAAAUGUGUUCCAAAUUUCAAGCAUCUAAAUGACGAACAAAGUUUUAGAACACAAUAGUAUGUUUAAGACCUAGACUGAUGAUAUUUGAAGGACCUCUAGUGACCAGCUUCUGCCCUGCCCCCCCUUCACACUUCUAUCUGUUCAAGACCCCAAGACCCCAUCCUCCUACUCUUCCCCAACACCUCCCUUCUCUCAUAGCCCCUUUCAGAUUCCAUAAACUCCACAAAGCCUUCUCUCUCUCCUUGGAUUUCUCAUAGUAUUUUUCCUAGACCUCCUUUGUAUUUAUACUUACACUUGUUUCUCAGCUUCUUGGAUGGAUGUCUUUUCCCCUACUAAAUUGUUGGCUCUCUUGAGAACAGAAGCUGUGUCAUAACUACCUUUAUAUUCCCAGGGCCUUGCACAGGGUAGUUAUUUAAUAAAAAUUGUAAAGGGAAUUGUAUUGAAGGGGACUGUACUGUAGCUCAGUGUAUUGAUGAAAAAGAAAAGAAGUUAACCCCAUGAGAGAAACUGAAGCAAACACACUACAGGAUCCAAAUGAAGAGCCACUGUAUAGCAUCUGUAGAGUCCUUACCACAAUGCCUUUGAAGUACAGCUGGAUGGGUCCUCUGAAAGAUGCCUUAGGAAUAAUAGUAAUUAGCCAAUUCCAUUAUGCUCAGUGUUUUCUCCUAAUUAGAACAGUUUCUCUCAUUCUCCUCAGGGGUAGGGCAAUAAUACACUUAGUGCUCUUUACUCCCCAAGUACUAUCAAAUUUGUACUGGGGUUAGGGAAGGAGGGCAGGAAGAAGAGAAGCAGGAAGAAGUUCCUGAGUUAGCUGACAUUCUAGUUCCAAGAAGUUGGGAUGUCAUCACUGGAGUAAGUAGAGGGUGAAGUCACCAUUUCCUGGUUCAAAUUCUGGAAGGCUCCAUCUGGGUUAUAGCCUUUUCUCUACCCAAAAUACUUUUGUACCUGAAACCAUUCCUGAGAUACUGAUCUUUCUGUCUGUUUAAUCUCAAUCUUAAGUACAUAACCCACUUUUAAAAA